AUGAAGUAUCUUCGUCUUCUCGCCGCUGUGGCUGUGGCUGCGCCAGGAGUUCUAGCAAUCCCUGAAUGGGCGCAAUGUGGCGGCAUCGGCUGGAGCGGAAGCGGAAGUUGCGACGCUGGGUUGACAUGUACACACCUCAACGAUUAUUACUCCCAGUGCCUCCGUGGCACGGCUCCGCCUGCGCCUACCACAUCGGCCCCUGCACCACCGACAACUAUAUCUGCACCGCCGACAACUGUAGCCCCACCGGCGACGUCGGCUCCAACGUCGAGUGGACCAACACCUACCGCGCCCGCAAGUUGCGCAGCCAUCCCCGCAUCUAUCAGUUUCUCCAAUGCUGCCCUCCCAGAUCCUUUCCAGCCCGUCGCAGGCGGUGCCCGGAUCUCCACCAAGGCUCAAUGGACGUGUCAACGCAACGAAAUAUCGCAGCUUCUCCAACGAUACGAACUCGGCACCAUGCCUCCCAAACCGCAGUCGGUGACGGCCUCGUUCUCCGGUGGAACUCUGACCAUCAACGUGUCAGACCAAGGCAAAUCCAUCUCCUUUGCCGUCAAAAUCACGACUCCGUCAGGCAGCGGCCCAUUCCCAGCUAUAAUCGCGUAUGGUGGCCCUAGCAUCCCCAUUCCAAACAACAUCGGCGUCAUCACUUUCAACAACGAUGACAUGGCUGCCCAGCAGAGCGGCAGUUCGCGCGGGCAGGGCAAAUUCUACCAGCUCUACGGCUCCGGGCACUCUGCUGGUGCCAUGACGGCAUGGGCUUGGGGAGUGCAGCGCAUCAUCGACGCGCUCGAGAUAACUCCCGCGGCGAACGUUGACCUGACGCGCAUCGGUGUUACCGGCUGCUCGCGCAAUGGGAAGGGAGCCUUGGUCGCAGGAGCGUUCGACGAGCGCAUCGCCUUGACCAUCCCGCAAGAGUCUGGGUCAGGAGGGUCGGCUUCAUGGCGGCUGUCCAACUUCCAACAAUCCCAGGGCCAGAACGUGCAGACCGCGCCGGAGAUCGUACAGGAGAACGUCUGGUUCUCGCCUAACUUCAAUUCGUGGGUCAACCAAGUGAACAGCAUGCCCGUUGACCACCAUCAACUCACUGCGAUGGUUGCGCCCCGUGGCUUGUUUGUCAUCGAGAACACUAGCAUGGAAUGGCUCGGCGCCCUCAGCACAUACGGCUGCCAGCGUGCCAGUAAGCUCAUCUACCAGGCCCUCGGCGCCUCCGCGAACAUGGGGUACUCCCAAGUAGGAAAUCACAACCAUUGCGCGUUCCCGUCAUCGCAGCAAACGGAGUUGACGGCCUUCCUCAACAAAUUCUUGCUCAACGGAUCCGGGACCACAGACAUCUUCCGCACCGACACGACCUACAGCAAUUUCGACCAAACACGGUGGAUCCCUUGGAGCGUGCCCACGUUGUCGUAA